AUGUCUCUUUAACAUUUAUAAACAAUAAAAGAAGAAAGACAUUCUUUAGAAAAUAUUGACAUAAAUUAAAAUCUUCUUGAUAAAGAUAAAAAUGUAUAAUAAAUUUUGAGUAAGUAGAGGGAAGAUGAACCUGAUGAAAAUGAACAAUUUCUUCCAGAAGAAUAGAAGGAGGAGGUAAGUGAUGAGGAUGGUGAAGAUUAAUAAUAGAAACAUGAAAAUGUAAAGAGUUUUGUUGUUGGCUCUGGAAUGGGUGGAUUUUUAUUUGAAGAGACAUUUGGAUUUGAUGAUAAGAAAUAGAAGAAUAAUAAGUAAAUAAAGAGAUUGACAUUGAAUACUCGAAUUACAUAAAUAGUGGGUUUAAAUAAGUUAGCAGAUGAUAUAGAAGAUGAUUAAUAACUUUAUGAGAAAAUUCCAUAGUAUUUAGCUUGGGCAAUUAUUUUUUAUGCAUCUUUUAAUAAUGCCAUGAUGCCUCCAUGGAUUAUGACAAUACCAGCUGAAAAAGUAUCUAGUAAUAUAAAUCAAAGUAUUUACGUAUUGCUUGGAGAUUUUUAUUAUAAGGAAUAUUUCUUAUUCCAUUUAUCAUGUAUGAAUAUAGGACUGGAAAUGAGAAAAUUAAGUCAGCAUAUACAAUUGAAUUUCUAUUGAGAUGGACUCAUAUGAGAAAAGUUUAUAUGGCAAGUUUAACUACAACGGUAACAUUUGCAGUAUUUCUGUUUUGUUUUGAUUAUACAAAUAUUUCAAGUGUCUUUGUCUUAGGAUCUUAGACUAAUUUUUGGUUAUCAGUCUUUAGAAAAAAAGAAAAUAAUCAUAACAUUGAAGGAGGAGGUAAAAUUAUGUGUGUUGUUGGGUAUAAUAAUCAUAUAUUAAUAGAUAUUUACUUAUUUGUUUAGAUUCAUAUAUGUUGAAUACUGACACUAUUCCUGAAACAGCCAAAAAUUACAUUAAUCCUUUAUUGUACAAUAGACCAAUUUGGAUGAGAAUUAUUAUUGGAAAUACUAUACCAGUAAUAUAUUAUUAUUAUUAUUAUUAUAGUUUUUAGCUUCUAUAAUAUUAGCUGAAUUAUCAAAAGCUAAUUAAGAUCUUAGAAGUGUAUUCCCUCCUUUUUUAGCUAAUUUUUGUGUUGCUUUUUUUGUUUGUCUUAAUAUGUGUAUGGUUUCAUUUUUUAUGGAUGGUACAUCAAUAAAUUUUGAUUCAAGAUGGGGUUGGUUUGGAUUAUUUUAAAAUGGAAAAUUUAUGGGUUUCUUGUAUAAUAAUUAAUUAUUAUUCUAUUAGUUAUAUGUCUACUAUGUUAAGUAUAGGAGUUUUCAUAUCUUCUAUAUUAAUAAGUAAAUUAUUUGAACCAAUUGUGCCUGCUACAGCUGCUUUAUUUGAACCUGUAAUUACAGCUAUUUUAUGUGAUAUUGCUACAGUUUAAUAUUAUCCAUCUGCUAUUGCUUGUUUUGGUUAUGUAUUUUUAUUGCCAGGUUAAUUUAUUAUUAUUGUUGGAUAACAUAUAUUAAAAAAGUAAUAAGAACAAGAACAAAAAUAAAAACUUGAAUAAUAAUAAUAAAUACAUGCUUCUAGAGCUUAAUGA